UAACGAAACGAAUUCAAACAAGUGGUCGGAGUUGUUGCUAAGAACUUUUUUUUUUGUUCAUUCGAGUAUUUGAUUUUAGUCAAUUUACAAUUUUGAUUGAAUUAAAUAAAUUUUGGUGUUCCAUCUAUCGCGAUAUCAAUUGUCAGAACAUUGUAUUUUCUGUCGAGAAGUAGUGUUUCCAUUCGACACAUAAUUUCAGCGAAGUUUUCAAUCAACUUCAGUUCUAACCAGGCGUCCUAAUUAAAUCCAACGAAUUUUUGGAAAUCAUGUCUCCGCCGAAAAUUGCACUACUAAGCGUUUCGGACAAAACGAACGUCAUUUCAUUCGCAAAGAAACUGGUUGAUCUCGGUUUCAAUUUGGUGGCAAGUGGAGGAACGGCAACAUCGCUACGCAAUGAGGGUCUAUCUGUAAGAGAUGUGUCCGACAUCACCAAUGCCCCCGAAAUGCUAGGUGGUCGAGUAAAAACCCUACAUCCAGCUGUGCACGCCGGUAUUCUAGCUCGUGUAUCCGACACCGACAAAGCCGAUAUGACCAAACAAAGCUACGAUUACAUUCAGCUGGUCGUUUGUAAUUUGUAUCCAUUCGUUAACACCGUUUCCAAACCGAAUGUGACGGUUGCGGAUGCGGUUGAAAAUAUUGAUAUCGGUGGAGUGACCUUGUUGCGAGCCGCAGCAAAGAAUCACGGUCGCGUGACGGUUAUCUGUGAUCCAUUGGAUUACGAUAGGGUCUUGUUGGAGAUCAAAUCUAAUGGCGAUACAACGGAAGAAACGCGCCAGAAAUUGGCACUGAAAGCAUUCACCCAUACGGCUCAGUAUGAUGACGCCAUUUCCGACUAUUUUCGAAAGCAAUUUUCGUCGAACGUGUCGCAGCUAACAUUGAGGUAUGGCAUGAAUCCACAUCAAAAACCGGCCCAACUAUUUACUACAUUGGAACAGUUGCCACUGAAGGUCGUUAACGGUUCGCCAGGCUUCAUCAACUUGUGUGAUGCGUUAAACGGAUGGCAACUUGUCCGUGAACUGAAGAAAGCCCUGAAUCUUCCGGCUGCCACAAGUUUCAAGCACGUUUCACCAGCUGGAGCAGCUGUAGGCUAUCCUUUGUCGAAGGAACAAGCAAAACUGUGUAUGGUCGACGACAUUUUCGAUAUGUUAACACCUCUAGCAACAGCCUAUGCUAGAGCCCGAGGCGCUGACAGAAUGUCGUCAUUCGGCGAUUUUGUGGCAUUGUCAGAUGUUUGCGACGUUGCAACGGCUAAAAUUAUUUCACGAGAAGUUUCCGACGGUGUCAUAGCGCCCGGAUACACCCCAGACGCACUGGAGUUGCUGAAGAAGAAAAAGAACGGAUCGUACUGUGUGUUACAGAUCGAUGAACACUACGAACCGAGUCCAAUCGAACGAAAAACGUUGUUCGGACUUCAAAUGGAACAAAAACGAAACGAUUGCCUGAUCAACAAAGAUCUAUUCUCAUCGGUUGUAUCGAAAGAACAAAUUCUACCGGAAUCUGCCGUACGGGAUUUGAUUGUCGCAACUAUUGCACUGAAGUACACCCAAAGUAAUUCGGUGUGCUUUGCGCGAGACGGUCAGGUGAUCGGUAUUGGAGCGGGUCAACAAUCACGAAUUCAUUGCACUAGAUUGGCCGGUGACAAAGCAGAUAAUUGGUGGCUACGGCAGCAUCCCAGAGUUACAUCAAUGAAAUUUAAGAAAGGAGUCAAACGAGCCGAAAUUUCCAAUGCAAUCGACAAUUUUGUUAACGGAACCGUUGGAAAGGACAUGCCGUUAGACUUCUUCAAAUCGAUGUACGACGAAGUACCAGUAUUCCUGACAGACUCGGAGAAACUCGAUUGGAGCAAGAAAUUGUCCAAAGUUGCACUAGCGUCGGAUGCUUUCUUCCCGUUCCGUGAUAACAUCGACAGAGCUAAAAUGAGCGGUGUGUCUUACAUUGGAAGCCCAUCAGGUUCGACGAACGAUGCUGAUGUGAUAAAUGCAUGCAAUGACCAUGGAAUCGUAAUGGCUCACACGAAUCUUCGGCUGUUCCAUCAUUAGCGGGCAGUUCAGUUUAUAAAAAUGUUUGAUUCAAUGAAUCGUUAGUUGGAAGAGGAUUUCAAUU